AAUUACUUGCGAAGAAGUUGAGCUUAAGAAAAAUUUCAGCUGUUUAUAAAGUUUCUACUUUUUACUAAAAUUAAUCUGAAGAUGAAACGCUGGAUUGGAAUUGUCUUGAUAAUAAACCCAUUGAUCAUCAUGAAUAUCAACAGAAUAGAAUCACUUGAUUUGAACAGCUACCUGGAUACAUUCGAGUGCGACGACCUAUCGAACCAGCGUUUAUGUCGCUAUAAGUGCGUAGCAGGUUCGCGAUGGAUUAACAAUCAUUGCCGACCAAUUUGCUCCGAUAAUGGAUUUUGGAACAACGGCGUCUGCGAGCAGAAAUGUUCUUUCGGGUGGCGUUGGCACGACGGAAAUUGUCACCCGCCAUGCUCCGACGGCACCACCUGGCUCAACGGGCGUUGUUUAUCUAUAGCGGAAUCCGGGGUAUGCCCAUUUGGAAUCAGGUUUAUUUACGGCAGAUGCCAGAAUGUUUGUCCUGCUGAUAAAGUCUGGAUUGGCAACCAAUGCUGGUCAAGGUGUGCUCAAGGGUAUCGGUGGAUUGAUAAUCAAUGCCAACCUAAAUGCUUGAGUUACGUCCAGGACUUUGUUGUCAGACGAAUUACGACCAAUUGUUGGGAGUAAUUCUUUUUUUUUUUUUUUUUAAUAAUAAUCA